GGUUUGCCCAGAAAAUUGUAUUUUUGGCUGGGCUGGUUAAAAUUUUCCACCGAUCGACUUAUAACUUUUGGCAUAUAAAAGGGGUCCAGAUCCCGAAGUUGAUACCAUCUGGUAGAGUGAAUCCAAUCAAGACAGAACCAUGAAACUGAUCGCUGCUGUCAUUAUUGCUUGCAUCCUGUUCAUUGGAUCCACCGAAGGCGCAGCAGGACCCACCGAUUGCGGAUGCCAGCCCUGUGGUCCUGCCGGCAAGCCCUGCCAGGGCUGUCCUGAAAGGAUCCCACUCUGCCAGGACCUCCUCAACACCAUACAGACCCUCCAGAAGAAGGUCCGUCAGUGCGUCUGCGGCAUACCAACCUGGAUGCUGUAAUAGCGCCCUGGACGCCCUUAUUAAUGAAAUCCUGAAAAUCUUUCCUAAUAAAUUUGUUUUUGUUGCUGCAAAAAAGGUA